AUCAAGUGAUUGUUAUAGUCUCUCCCUUCUAUCCAGAAAAUAGAUUUUCUCAGCUUAUUCUGAUUAGCGAGAGCAAUCGAUACCGAUUCUCUUCUCACAGAAAUGGCCGCAAAAUCACAGUUAAUUACAGGAUUGACCUUGCCAUUGCCACCGCCGCAUUCUUCCACUUCCUCAACCUCCAAUAACAGCAGCAACACUCUCUGUAUGGUCAAGCGGCCGCAACUUACGACUUCGUUUUUCAAUGGCGGAGUUGAAGCUCUAAAAUUUUCUAGGAUAAGGACUUGUUCUACUAGGUCCCAUUGCUACAGACAAGGUGGAGGUGCUCUUGGCACUCGUAUGAAUCUUUUUGAUCGGUUUGCUAGAGUUGUCAAGUCAUAUGCAAAUGCAAUCUUGAGUGGUUUUGAGGACCCGGAAAAAAUUCUAGAUCAGACGGUUCUUGAAAUGAAUGAUGACUUGACAAAGAUGCGUCAGGCCACAGCACAAGUAUUGGCAUCUCAAAAACGUUUGGAAAAUAAAUACAAAGCUGCGGAACAAGCUUCUGAGGAUUGGUACCGUAAAGCACAACUUGCUCUUCAGAAAGGAGAGGAAGAUCUCGCUCGGGAAGCUCUUAAGAGGCGUAAAUCUUAUGCUGACAAUGCAAAUUCCUUGAGAGCUCAACUUGAUCAACAGAAAAGUGUUGUUGAGAAUCUUGUCUCUAAUACUCGGCUUUUGGAGAGCAAGAUACAGGAGGCAAAGUCUAAAAAAGAUACUCUGAAAGCGCGUGCCCAAUCUGCAAAAACUCAAACCAAAGUGAAUGAGAUGCUGGGGAAUGUAAAUACAAGCAACGCUCUUUCAGCUUUCGAGAAAAUGGAAGAGAAAGUAUUGCAAAUGGAAUCAGAAGCUGAAGCACUUGGCCAGUUAGCUACAAGUGAAUUGGAUGGAAAGUUUGCUUUACUUGAGAGCUCAUCUGUUGAUGAUGAUCUUGAGAACCUGAAGAAGGAAAUUUCUGGUAGCAAAAAGAGAGGAGAACUGCCGCCCGGUAGAACAGUUGUCAGCAGCUCUGCAUUGAGAGAUCCUGAGAUUGAGAUGCAGCUCAAUGAAUUAAGACAAAAGAGAAAGGAAUUCUAAAUAAUUUGCAGAAUCCGUACUCUCAGGUAAAAGUUGGAAUAGUUCUUCUUCUGCCAAAAUAUUAACUCUGUAGAGAUGAAGGCCAAAAUAAACAAGCCAUUGUAUAGUUAUGCCAAACUUGACCAGAUAUAUAUUUUUUGCUCUUAUUUUGGAACUGCUAUGAUGCUACCCUCCAAAUGUUGCCUCUGUAAUUGUAAAUUUAUAUGCAAUUGUUUUUCUGCAGAACCAUAUGCUUUGGAUUAUAGACUUAUAGUUGCAA